AUUUCAUUCCAAGAGAUCGCCUGUAGGACAGUGCGGACAGGUCACUGGACAGAGAAAAUGCCUGCAAUGUUGGAUAGGUACAGAAGUGUGGAGAAAAUACUGUACGUGUUCAUCGCCGUCAUUGGAGUUCCUGUGAAUUUAUUGGCGAUUGUGAUCCUGUCUCGGGGAAAGUGCGGCCUCUCUACCUGCACCAUUCGCUACCUGGUGGCCAUGGCAGCGGCGGAUCUACUGACCAUUUUCACCGCGGUCAUUCUGGGGCGAAUCAAAUCCUAUUACUUCAGGUGGAGUUUUCUGAGCAUCACUCCUGUGUGCAGUGUUAUCGAUGUACUGAGCUUCACAGCCACACACUGUUCUGUCUGGUUCACCGUCGCUUUCACCUUUGACCGGUUUGUCGCCAUUUGCUGUCAGAAGCUGAAAACAAAAUAUUGCACCGGGAAAACUGCGGCUGUGGUUCUAACAACAAUCGGCGCACUGUUCUAUAUGGAAAAUGUUCCCCGAUACUUCACACGGCAACCCAGGGUGAUCAUCGACAAUGUACCGUGGUUCUGUGAUCUCAGGGACAAUGUUUUCACUGACCCCGGGUGGAUAGGAUAUGACUGGGUCGAUACGAUUUUAGUUCCAUUCCUCCCUUUCGCUGGGAUCCUGCUGCUCAACGCUCUGACAGUCAGACACAUUUUAGUGGCCAGUCGGGUCCGUAAGGGGCUGAAGGGUCAGAGCAAGGGGGAGAACUGCAGUGACCCGGAGAUGGAGAACAGGAGGAGGUCUGUGAUUUUACUCUUCACCAUCUCCGGCAGCUUCAUCCUCCUGUGGAUGACAACUGUUGUAAAUUUCAUAUAUUAUCAGGUCUCAGGGGAAGGAUUCAGUUUCAAUGAUUCUGAAUGGAUCUUUAUCUACGUCGGGUUUUGCUGAGUGAUUUCAGCUGCUGCACCAACACGUUUAUUUACGCGGUGACUCAGUCAAAAUUCAGGGAACAGAUAAUUAGGACGGUGAAAUAUUCUGUCCCCUCGGUGCUUCAUUUUAUUAAUAAAGCUGCGUCCUGAGCCCAAGCCGGACGCGACCACAAUUUCUCCAGUCCGGAGGCAAACUUCUCACAUUCACCGCCUGAUCUCGCAGUUGUUAUUCCGGGGCCGACUGUCCGACUGACCAGCAGGUCCGGGACAUUAGGAUAGUGUGUUUCUGGGGAGGGGCAAAGCACUGUCCUGGUCUCGCCAGAUGUCAG